AACUAAAAAUAUGUGAACUCUAUAAAUGUCUGCAAACACGCCCUCUCUCUCUCUCUCUCUCUCUCUCUCCACUGCUCCGUCAACCUUCUCACCGGUUAAACAAAUGUCGACUGUUUGUCUCUACCCUCUCUUCCAUUGCUGCAUCAGUGAAAACCCUAGAUUGCAAAGGAUUUCCCCCAUUACUGUCCGGAGGAAGACCGGGCCAUCUUCUUUGAAGUGUGCUCCCAAGCCGCUCUCCCUUGGCGGGAGCUUCUGCAAUUUCAAGCUUCCUUCGCUUCGCACCGUCAGAGCCAGCUCCACCGACACGGCUAUCGCGAAGACUUCUGAAUCUGCGGAUGUCUACUUCAAGGAAACUUUUCUAUUGAAACAAACGGAAAGAGCGGAGGGUAAAAUAUUUAUAAGAUUUGAUCGCGGGAAAGGUAAACAGAAUUGGCAGCUCUCCGUCGGAUGUAACCUUCCGGGGAAAUGGGUUCUUCACUGGGGUGUUUCCUACAUAGACGACGUCGGCAGUGAAUGGGAUCAACCUCCUGCAGAAAUGAGACCUUCUGGUUCCAUCGCCAUUAAGGACUAUGCAAUAGAGACUCCCUUGAAGAAAUCAUCUGCCACUGUGGAAGGAGAUACAUUAUAUGAAGUGAAAAUAGAUUUUAAUCCCAACAGUGCAAUUACAGCUAUAAAUUUUGUUUUGAAGGAUGAAGAAACUGGAGCUUGGUAUCAGCACAGAGGGAGAGAUUUCAAGGUGCCUCUGAUGCAGUAUCUUCGUGAAGAUAGCAAUAUUGUUGGAGCAAAAAAAGGCUUUGGGAUAUUUCCAGGGGCUUUGGGACAUCUGUCUCACAUGCUUCGUAAAACAGAAGGAUCUCAAUCUAUAGAGAGAGAAGUCAGUACUGAACCCAUAGAUUCUCAUAAACCCAGUAGGGGUCUUGAAGGGUUUUAUGAAGAGCUAGCUAUAGUAAAAGAAGUUCCUCUUGACAACUCACUGAGUGUUUCUGUCAGGAAAUGUCCUGAGGCUGCCAAGAAUAUUCUAUACUUAGAAACUGAUAUACCUGGAGAUGUUGUUGUUCACUGGGGAGUUUGCAGAGAUAAUGAUAAAAAAUGGGAAGUUCCAGCUGCUCCAUAUCCACCAGGGACGAGAGAAUUCAAGAAGAAGGCUUUGCGGACUUUAUUACAGCCUAAAGAAGGUGGGCGUGGAUCUUGGGGAUCAUUUACUUUGGAUGGGGAACUCACUGGAUUUCUUUUUGUGCUUAAGAUAAAUGAAAACACAUGGUUGAAAAAUAUGGGAAAUGACUUCUACAUUCCCUUGUCUAGUUCAAGUAGCUUGCAGACUCAACCUAGACAGGGUCAAUCUGAGAAAACUGCGGGACCAGUGCAAGUAGCUAGCCGUACUACAUUUACAGACGGGAUCAUCCAUGAGAUAAGGAAUUUGGUAAGUGACAUUGCCUCUGAAAAGAUUCGAAAAACAAAAUCGAAAGAAGCUCAAGAAAGCAUUCUUCAGGAAAUUGAGAAGUUGGCUGCAGAAGCUUACAGUAUUUUUAGAAGUGUUACUCCAACUUUUACCGAAGAUACUGUUGUGGAAACCGAAGCAGUGAAGCCCCCUGCAAAAGUGUCUUCAGGGACAGGCUCUGGGUUUGAAAUACUAUGCCAAGGAUUUAACUGGGAAUCUCAUAAAUCCGGAAGAUGGUACUUAGAGCUCAAUGAAAAAGCUGCAGAGCUAUCUUCACUUGGUUUCACUAUUAUUUGGUUACCACCACCUACAGAAUCUGUGUCACCAGAAGGGUACAUGCCAAAGGAUUUAUAUAAUCUAAAUUCCAGAUAUGGAAAUAUAGAUGAAUUGAAGGUUCUUGUUAAGAGAUUACAUGAAGCUGGUUUGAAAGUCCUCGGAGAUGCCGUCUUGAAUCACCGCUGUGCGCACUAUCAAAAUCAGAAUGGUGUUUGGAAUAUUUUUGGUGGCCGUUUAAAUUGGGAUGAUCGUGCAGUUGUUGCGGAUGAUCCACACUUCCAGGGUCGAGGCAACAAGAGUAGCGGAGAUAAUUUUCAUGCUGCUCCAAAUAUUGAUCAUUCCCAAGACUUUGUGAGGAAGGAUGUCAAGGAAUGGUUACGCUGGUUGAGGAAAGAAAUUGGAUAUGAUGGAUGGAGGCUUGAUUUUGUUCGAGGUUUUUGGGGUGGUUAUGUCAAGGACUACAUAGAUGCAAGUGAACCUUACUUUGCUGUAGGCGAGUAUUGGGAUUCUCUCAGCUAUACGUAUGGUGAAAUGGAUCACAAUCAGGAUGCCCAUAGGCAGAGAAUUAUUGACUGGAUUAAUGCUACUAGUGGAACUGCUGGUGCAUUUGAUGUCACGACAAAAGGGAUUCUUCAUUCUACACUGGAAAGGUGUGAAUAUUGGCGAUUAUCAGACCAGAAGGGAAAACCUCCAGGGGUUGUUGGUUGGUGGCCAUCUCGUGCUGUUACGUUUAUAGAGAAUCAUGAUACCGGUUCUACUCAGGGUCAUUGGAGAUUUCCUGGUGGAAAAGAAAUGCAAGGUUAUGCUUACAUUCUGACUCAUUCAGGAACACCGGCAGUUUUUUAUGACCACAUCUUCUCUCAAUAUCGAUCUGAAAUUUCAGCGCUUAUCUCUCUCAGAAACAGAAAUAAGAUCCACUGUAGGAGUACGGUUCAAAUAACGAAGGCUGAGAGGGAUGUGUAUGCCGCCAUCAUUGAUGACAAGGUGGCAAUGAAGAUCGGACCGGGAUACUAUGAGCCCCCAAAUGGGUCGAAGAAAUGGUCUACAUCCAUUGAGGGAAGAGAUUAUAGGGUCUGGGAAGCAUCAUAAAAUUAGUAUGACCGCGAUGUUUCUGUGUUUUACAGAUUGCCUCUACAUGGAAUACUAGAAAUUUGUAUUUACGAGACAGAAGGAAGACAAGGUGGUAAAAUUGUUGGGAGUUGAUGCAGUCAAUGAACAUUAAACUGGCAGCAACUUAUACUAGAUAGAAUAUAUAUUCAUGAUCAAAGAAGCCUGGUUCUUCUGCAAUUGUGGAAAAUUGUUCAGGCUUGUCUGGUGUUGGGUGCCAAAAAUAAAUGAGAAGGUAACCGCGUAAAACUAAAACUGGGGCUGGUGCAUGCACCUUGGGCAUGGUAAGGGGAUGCCUUGUACACAUGUUAUAUUCAUAUAUAGGGUAAUAGUUUGUGAAAAUGUUUCUGAAAUAAGCAUGAUGAGGUAUUGUUGUACCUUGCAUUGACACUGUAAAUUGUGUUGAAAAUUUUGUUGAAUAUAGAAGAUGGUGAUAUUGUACGUGCUUUGUUUAAUUGUAAAAUGUUUGGAAAUAGAAAUUAUUUGCGUUCUCUUGGGACUAA